AAGUCAUCAGGUCUUGUGAUCGAACAGCUGAAUCAAGGGUGGACCGAAUUCAUCUUUAGUAUUUUCGGAGCUCCGACGAAGUUGUGAAAUAGCGAUAAAGUGAAAGAAUUUUGAAGGCGAUUUAUUCAGACUGAAAAGGCAACGAUUUUCAAAAGACAGAACGAAGAUAUCUCGAGAUGGCCGUUCGAGCCAGUAUAAACGACAUUAUUCCUGCUCUGCCAGAUGAGAGAACCGAUAUUAUUUCGGCAACCAGCGCUCUGCAGCAGCAGGCUGCGGACAUAAGAAAUCAGCGCAUCAAUUGGCAAUCGUACCAGCAGUCGCAGAUGAUAUCACAAGAAGAUUAUCUGUUUAUCGUUGGUUUCGACACUAACGAUUCGGCAGCCAAAGAUGCCAAGUUGAAAGAAAAUCCUGGUCAGGCUGCAAAAACAUUUCUUAAUCUUUUAGGCCAUGUCUCGAAGGAUCAAACCAUUCAAUAUAUUCUUGUCAUGAUCGACGACAUGCUCCAGGAAGACCGGAGCCGCGUCGAAAUUUUCCGCGAACAUUCGACUCGCAAGCGCGAAUCGGUGUGGGGCCCUUUUCUCAAUUUACUGAACCGACAGGACGGUUUCAUCAUGAACAUGACCUCUCGUAUAAUCGCCAAACUCGCGUGCUGGAGUCACGAACUCAUGGAAAAAACUGAUUUACACUUUUAUCUCACGUGGCUCAAGGAUCAAUUGAAGCUGAGCUUUGACGCCGUGCAGGAGUCGAGCUUGCAUGCGGAGAUUGCGCAAGACACCCCACCAGCCGAGCUUGGAGAGGCAACUGACCUCCAAGAAUUGCCUAACGUGAACAACGAGUACAUUCAAUCGGUGGCUCGAUGCUUGCAAAUGAUGUUGCGUGUCGACGAGUAUCGUUUCGCAUUCGUCUCGGUCGAUGGAAUUUCUACGCUUCUAAGUGUCCUCUCAGGACGUGUCAACUUCCAAGUACAAUAUCAGCUCAUCUUCUGCCUUUGGGUGCUUACCUUCAACCCCCUGCUUGCUGAGAAAAUGAACAAAUUCAACGUGAUACCGAUUCUUGCUGAUAUACUCAGCGACUCGGCCAAGGAGAAGGUCACUCGUAUCAUCCUCGCAGUCUUUAGAAAUCUGAUCGAAAAGGUGGAAGACAAUCAGGUCGCGAAGGAGCACUGCAUCGCUAUGGUACAGUGCAAAGUAUUGAAGCAGCUGUCAAUUCUCAGUCAACGCAAAUUCGACGACGAGGAUAUCACGGGCGACAUUGAAUUCCUGAAUGAUAAGCUACAGGCGUCGGUGCAGGAUCUCAGCUCGUUCGACGAGUAUUCGACCCAGGUGAAAUCGGGACGUCUGGAAUGGUCGCCUGUUCACAAAUCCAGUAAAUUUUGGCGCGAAAACGCGAGUCGUUUGAACGAAAAGAAUUACGAGCUGUUACGUAUCCUCGUUCAUUUGCUUGAGACGAGCAAAGAUCCGUUGGUCCUGAGCGUAGCUUCUUUCGAUAUCGGGGAAUAUGUUCGCCACUAUCCUCGUGGCAAGCACAUCAUCGAGCAACUCGGUGGCAAACAACGAGUCAUGCAACUCCUUGGCCACGAAGACCCCAACGUACGGUACGAAGCUCUCAUCGCUGUUCAAAAACUGAUGGUUCAUAACUGGGAGUAUCUCGGUAAACAACUAGAGAAAGAAACUGGCACAACGGGAGCCUCGGGUUCUAAACCCGGUACGCAAGUUCCGACGAAAGCGUAGAUUCGUUUUUCGAGUACUUUGCAUCGUGUGCGAGAUCACCAUGAAAUAACGUCUAAAAAGAGAAGAAGCACGAGGAAAGAUAAAUAUAAUCCUAGUAGUUCUUACAGUCCGCAACCACCGGGUGGAUCGCAGCUUAAAAUCCAUAAAUCGAUUGGACCCAAUUCGACGCCCGUUACAUUCCAUGAAUUUGCGUCCCGUACCGGUCACCCUUCAAAUUUCAAAGUAGCGAGUGAGAAACCUGAUGAGCGAAGAAGAUCGUACACGAAAAACCCCGAAAAUCUAAACGCAAAAAAAAAAUAGAAAAAGAAACGAUCCCCCAACAAAACGUACUUCCGGAGCUUGUGUCGCAGCAAUCCUAUUUUAUUUUAUUUUUACAAACAAACCGCCUCUCAAUUUUUUCCCUUCGAAUAUCCAGUCGAAAAACAUUUAGUUUAUCAUUGUUGAAAAUAUGUAAAUACACACUCGAUGAGCAUCUGUGUAUAGGAAUAAACAAUACGAAGGCGUUUUAGCGCACAGAUUUGGGACUAAAUCGCGAUGAGGAGAAAAAAAAGCGAAGAUUGUGAGACCGCGCGUUACGGAAAUUGUGUAAUAUAAUUAAUAGUGUGACGCUCUUGUAAGUAGAAAUGAGUCUAAGCGUUGUUUUAUUUCGUCAAGUAUUAAUAUCGAAUAAAUAAAACGAGAAUCGUUAUUAUUGUUAAAAAAUAUAUACAUACAAAAUAUAUAUAUCUUUGGCUGAUACCGCGAGGAACGUCACAUUCAAACAGCCUAGUUUUUGACGUUAAAUUUCUCAGUAUAAAUAAUUACGUGUUCAAUCAUGGAAAGUUUCAACGCGUAAACAAUAAAAAAGAAGAAAUAAAAUAAAUCUAACAAAAAUA